AAACGCACGGGGCGAUCUCCCGGCAUGCAUCAGUGGUCGACGUCGUCCACGUCGCAAAUGUUUACGUUGAUUCGUGUUGUGUCAGCUGUAAAAAGAGUCGCAUCGGUGUACCACACUCGAUGAUUUCCAGGAACCUGCGAAUGCUGUCCGUCGUUUCGCCGCUAGUUUUAAAUGAUGCAGUCUUCCUUGGAGUGCAAGCGGCCCCUCUUGAAAUGUGAAGUUCGGGCAACAUGAACACGGCCGUCAUCAUGAGGAAUUCGAAAGUCCGUACAUUUUUGUACGUUCUUUUAGGCUGCUGUAUGUUGUUCACGGUGUUCCUCUUGUCUUCCACGCACACCAAGUUAAAAGAUUCGCAGGAAUCAAACGACAAGUGCCAGCAGCAGAGGGACUCGCUGUCUGCCCAGCUACAAGUUGUUUACGAGCACAAAAGUCGCUUGGAAAAAACGCUACAACUGGAAACAACAGAUAGAAAAAAAGCUGAAGAUGCUGUAAAGACCCUCAGAGACCAGGCUGAACGCGAUCGGGCUGAUGCUCGAGAAAAGAUCAAGAGCUUGGAUAAGGAGCUGGCUGAUAUAAAGGCUUCCCAAGCAGAGGAGUUCAAGAAUCUCAAGAGCAGCUUUGACACCCUUCAUCAGGAGAAGGAGAAAGUCGACAACGAGUUGGCCAACCAUGUUGCUCUGCUUCAACAGGAGAGGGACUCCAAGGCAAAGUUAGCGAGGCAAUUGGAAGAGGCACUGCAGGCCAGGAAGACUGAAGGACAGUUGGAUCUGAUGCUUCAGAGACAACUUGAAACCUGCCGCACUGAGACUGCUCAACUGUAUGCAAGGCUGCAACAGCAGAAUGUGGCUCAGUCUCAGCAUGUGGUGGCGAGUGGAGGCCAAAAGCCAGUUGCCAAUGCUCCUGAUUUCUCUGCUGGUAAUGGACCCGCACAUGCUGCUGCUCCUGCACCCUCACUUGCACAAGGCGGCAGUGAACAAAAAGCCAAUGCAAAGGAGGACAAAGGAGCUGGAAAAUUGGGUCCCCCAUAUCAGGUUGCUGGGGCAGAAAGUUGGCCGCCAAAGGUUGUCGGUGUGGAGCCCAGUGACAGUUUGAGACCCAUCGCCAACAAUGCUAGGAAUCCAGUGCCUGCAGCACAAGCCUUGGCACCUCCCAAUGACUCGGCCCUUCAGCAGCCUGCCAAAGCGAGCCCAACAGUCUCUCAUGCUGAAGGCGGGUUGUCUUCCACGCCUGGAAAGGCUGCUCCUGAUGCCAUGCUGUCACCUCUUCAGCAGGAAGGCAAGGCCAACCAUGGAAGCAGUGAACUGUCUGCAUUGCCAAAAAACCAAGGCCACCAGCGAGUUGGCCAGAAACCUCCGGUUGUGUCACAGCCAGGAGUACGCCAAGAUGCUUUGCAGCCUCAAGCGGAGCCUUCGCAGAGGCCGUCUGGACAGCCUCUAGCACGGCCUGUUGCACAGCCUGCAGUCCAGGAAGAGCAGAACUCGCUGCAUAAGCCUCUGCAGCAGCCGGCACAACUUGGAGUGAACCCAGAACCACUGUCCCAGUUAAAGGGUCAGCUUGCACAAUUGAACGUGGGCCAGCCUGCUGCCUUGGAGCAAGGUUUCAAGCCUGCUGAACAACCUCCUGUUGUGAACCAGGCGCCUCCAGUCUUGCCAGCUCCCAACAUUGCAAAACCACAGCCAGCAGCUGCCGGGGUGGGUGCCAAGAAACAGGGUAUUGCACUGCCUGGUCUGUCUGAUGGCUUAGGGGGGCUUCCGGACAGUGUGGCUGGCCUGGAAAAGAUACCAGCAGGCGAUGGGCCUGUGCCAGCCAAUGCUGCAAAUUCUCGUGGAGGUGCAGGAGCUGCAGCUGCGGCUUUCAAGAAAGCCGUGGAUGCUAUGGGCCUCGAGGAAGGGAACGAAUUGGAAGUUGGCGCAGAGAAGGUGCUGUCAAACAAAGUACCAAACAAUGGUGAUGAUUUGCUGAUCGGUGGCCAUGCUGGAAAGGCACCACGAGCCAAGCUGGCCCGCCCGAACAAGCAGCAGCAACCGGUUGCGGGAGGAAUCGGAGGUGGUGAAGACGAUUUGGACUAUGCCAAUGCCGCUGUCAAGGAUGAUGAUGCAGCAGAAGACCAAGAAGAUGAUGGUCCAUUUGGUGCAGAUUUGGGAAGAGGAAAGCCAAUGCCAGAUGCUGCCGAUUUCGAUGACCAGGGCGCUGAGGCUGACCAACUGCAACAGCAGCAACCCAACAAUGUUUUCGACGAUGGCAUUGCAGCAAACCCCAAGUAGUGGCACCGCUCUCUUUUUUUUUUUUUUUUCUUGGUCUCCAGUGGGCCAAGGACACAUUUGGAGCAGCAUAAUGAUUUGACUUCAUGUGUGGAAUGAGCCAAACAGAACUAAGCAGUGUUUUGCAAGUUUGACCUUGUGGUGGUAACAGGGAAGUGUGCUCUUGUGAUGUGACAGAGAUUGGCUUCCCGACUGUUCGUCACGAAAGAAGAGAGCGACGAUGAUUUCCAGAAGCCACAUUGUCUUCAGGAAACCGGUGCACACUGGAACGGACAUUUUGAUGCCACCCAGUUUAAUUAUAGGCAUUUGUUUUUUGAGCCAGAUUUAUCAGCCCCACCAGUAUGCUUCCAUGCUAGAAUGUGGUGGAUUGCUGGUUGCAUUUCAUAGGUGCGGUUCCUUGCUUCUACACUUUAGUUUACUCCUUUUGUUUCUUUUGAGUGUUGACUGAGAUUUUUGUGGGCAGAUGAACAGGAGCUCCUUGGGAGCCGUUGUAUGCAAUAACUGUGUGCUUGUUCGUCUCUUGUUGUGCUUGUUUGUUCCUUGUUCUCUUGUUCCUACAUCUGAGAUUGCCAUUAAAGGCUCUUUUCAGUCACAUGCAAA